CUUCCCCAUUCUGUUGAUAUAAGGCUACCUACCUUCACACCUUAGGUAGUUGCCUAACGAAGUUGUACGGCAGAUAUCUUAAGAAAGUUGAAUUUCUAUCUACUUCACACUUGCAACCCGGUGUAUGCAUUCACAGAUUUUUGGUGCCUUGCGCUUUACACACUUUACAUAUUCCCGCCGCCUUCUCCUUUUCUUACUACACUCCAUCAAGUUCAUAAUCCUUCCUCUAGUAUCCCCACCAAACAUCUUCAUAGAUAUAUGUGAUCAUUUCUUACGCAGCCGGAUUACAGACGCGAGGCGGCAAAUCUAAUGCUGACACCAAUCAUUCACUUCAUGGGCUUCGUGGAUUCAUACAACCCAUAACAUCACUGCAAACUCUAGCAAAAUCCCAUCAAGCCUAACGUCAUCCUCUCACCACCAGGUAUUACUUUACCUGGCAGCUUUGGUGAAGACGUGAUGCCUCCGUCAAAGGGACAACUGAGAUUUCAAGCCGACUUGAAGUCGGCAGCUGAAAAAGACGAUGAUCACAUAUCCACAAUCGAGAAAGGGGAUGCCGAUGACGAAUUCACAUUCAUAUUUAGCCAUCCUAACCUACCUGAUCCCACUUGCUUUGAAAUACAUGCUCAGCCACAAGAGUUGCGAAGUUAUCCGAGUGAAAACACUUUCCUCAUAUACACCAAUGAUAAUAUACCCCCAUCGGUUGCCAAAAUUCUAGAGGAAUCUAUCUUCGAGACGAGAGGCCUAAAAGUCCAGGACAUGCUUAGCAAUAUCUCUCGAAGGCUCCGGGUUGUCCUGGACGAUGGCGGCUCCGGGGAAGAAAGUAACGACGUUGACACGAUAGAUGAUAUACCAUUCGAACUAAACAGCAGUGACGAUGACAUGCCCUUUGCAUAUGGUGAUGAUCUUAACGAUAACUUCUUCGGCGGUGGCGCAGAAAACGUAACCAGUACACGUUUUAUGCUCCCAAUAGAUAUGGAGGAGUCACUUACACCAUUGCUUCUGCAACGAAUCCGGCGAGAUCUUCAGUCCGUGCUUAAAGCCGGGUUUCACGUGGGAAAGAUUUGUGGACUUGAGGAUGGUGUAUUCGAGAGCAUAAUAUCAGUUUCUAUCCGGCUGACCAAACUAUGUCUCUCUAAAGAGACCUAUGAAGCAUGGGGUCUUAGUUCUUCGGACUACAUCAUUCUGCUCAUCAAAUCUGGCCUGUAUUACACUACUUUUGAAGACAUGCUUCGGAGCCCGCCCGGUCUUGCGAUGGUGAAGUUCCGUCUAAGAAAGUGUUCUAAGAAAAAGCCGUCGUAUCAACAGGCCCAGGCGGCUUUCACAACCGACGCUAACACAUAUAUUACGAAAGAAGUAUCACAGGAUCUGGGACUAUACACAUUUUUGGUCAGCAAGUCAAUCGAUGAGCUCAUGAACAUUGAUUUCGCAUCCUUGUUGAGGUUGAGGAAGGAACCAGGCAUUUCCUGGGACAUGGCAAGAGAAAUAAAACACCAACACGACAUAAAUCCAUCCUUGGGGUCGAACGACCCCGCAGCAGACAAACCCUCGACCGUAGGGGGAGGUGAAGAAGAAUUGAUUGGUCAGGCCCAGUUACCUCCUAUUCUCGCUAACGAUCACAUCCAGGAUGACGGUGAGAUCUCUCUCCCACUCGUUGCUAUGCAGUUUGCCUUGCGUCGCCUGGUUAGGUGUACAGACUACUGUACUAUAUGUCAUCGCAGAGUAAAGGGGAACUUUGAAGCUCUGAGACCAUACGUCUGCAGCAAUCCCCUCUGCCUUCACCAGUAUAUGAACAUAGGUCUAGGCCCAAACAUAGAUUUUGAGAUACGAAGCCAACCUAAGGUUGUCGACCUCCUAGUUAGCCUCUGCUAUACUAGCCUACAUGCCUCAUGGUCGGCAGGAAAACUCUUCAUGCGGGAUUUUCCCACGGGGUUGAACUUACAAGUGCCGAAGAUACUGGGGAACUACGCCACUACACAUACCAGUCAAGCUCCUCUCACUCAUGAGAAACAAAUAUCUGAGAACGCGGCGCGCCGUUUAGUGAAUUUCCCUGGGGUACAACUUAUAGAUCCCUUGGACGUAAUGUUUAACUGGGACAGUUCUACUGCUUUAAUCACGGAUGCAAUGGCCGGCGUAACAUUCAAAGAAGGACAGUGGGUUGUUAUCUCGACCCAAAUCCCAGAUCUUGGAAGUACCGAGACUUCUAUGACUGUGCUACAUCAUGCACGUGUCGUAGCAGCACCACGUGAAGCUUUGUUACCGCUGGAGGUGAUGGCACGGCAUAAAUUACCCAGUCGUAGACCGGGGGGAUUUAACCUAGUUGAUGAGGACGUCUGUCAGAACGUAGGAGGUGUUAUAUCGGGCCAUCUCGUAUUUUGCGAUGCAGAUUUAGACGAGCUCAGUGGCGAACAGGACAAAGCUUUCUCUCUGCUAAUUGUACUUUCCAUCUUGCCUUCGGUCGAAGACAUAAAGCGAUAUUUGAUGAACAACCAACAACUAUCCAGGUGGAGUAGAAUGUCACGGGCAGCAUUGGACCUACUAAGAUGGAUCAUAGCUUCAAAUAGGUCAUAUAUCGUACAAGUAGACGAUGAAUGCCCUACGGGUUCUCGCGCCGCCCCGCCUCCUGACAAAAUUUACGGCGUUGAUGGUUGGGUUCAAUUCAGAUUCGCCCAAGGGUCUGUGGAGAAGGAAACCCGCUUUAACGAGGUUCUGAAAACCAUCAAUAAACCCCAGAAGACUCUCGUUGCUUGGCACGGGAGCCCCGUUAAGAAUUGGCACAGCAUUAUUCGGCGGGGUUUAGAUUAUAAAGUCACGGCCCAUGGUCGGUCUUUUGGGGAUGGAAUCUAUUUUGCUAGAAAUUUUCAAACGAGUAUGGCCUACACCGAUGGGAAUGCUCAAGUAGGUGGGAGCUUUUGGCCUAAUUCCUCACUGCAGGUUCAGACCGUUAUGAGCUUGAACGAACUGGUCAAUCUACCCGAGGAGUUCCAAAGCAACGCUCCUCACUUUGUAGUGCAAUACUGCCAUUGGACUCAGUGCAGAUACCUUUUUGUCCAAACUGCAGUAGCGGAUAAUUCCGGCUCUCAACCCUCAACUACCGGCGAAAAGGCGCAUGCUGGGAUGCUUGAGUUUGUACAAGAUCCCAAAUGGCCAAUUAUCGGCCCUCGGAAUAGCAGAUUAUUCAUUCCAGAGUGUGCGAUUCCUUCAGCGCGGGAUAGACGCAGCACUUCACGGGUGCUGUUAGCAGAUGAUAGGGAAGAAGCCGGUGACACCGAGCUGGUCAGUAGCGACGAAGAUGAAGAAGAUAUAGCAUUUCUCUCUUAUGAGGAAGGUCAUUCUCAAAAGGGCCAGGGAUAUGAGACUGAUUUCCGUCCCGGGAUGCUUGAUUUCUCGACUCUUCCGCAGCUACCCCCUCCAUCCUACGCAACUAGCAUUGCCCAAAAGGCCCUCGGAUAUGAGAUAAAGAAGCUAGAGAAGAUACAGUCCACAACACCUCUCCAUAAACUAGGUUGGUAUAUCGACUUCGAAAAGAUGAACAAUAUGUUCCAAUGGAUUGUGGAGAUGCACUCCUUCGAUUCCGACCUCCCGCUAGCGCAGGAUAUGAAGAGGGCUGGCCUGAAUAGUAUCGUUCUAGAGAUGCUCUUCCUCCGCGAAUUCCCCAUGUCCCCGCCAUUCGUGCGUGUAGUUCGCCCCCGUUUCCUCCCAUUCGCCAGCGGUGGAGGUGGUCAUGUCACGGCAGGAGGAGCCAUGUGUAUGGAGCUCCUGACAAACACAGGCUGGUCGCCAGCGAACAGCAUGGAAAGUAUCCUCCUGCAAGUACGCCUAGCUAUCUGCAAUACGGACUCUCGGCCAGCACGUUUAGAGACUAAAGACCGACGUAGUAUGGACUACAAUAUCUCUGAAGCGGUAGAGGCGUACAUCAGAGCAGCAAAUGCGCACGGAUGGGAUAUUCCCAAAGGCUUGCGAGAAGCAGAUGCUUCUGGUUUUACUUAGUGGUCAGUCCUUAAUAUUAGGUUAGCAUUAAAGACUGGACCGAAAUUUUCAAUGCAUACCACAAGACGGUAGGCGUUACGAAUCCAGCCAUAUCCUGUGCUGUUUCCAUACCUCGCAUGGCUUUAUUUGGACCGUGGUGUUGAAUCUUGAUCCUCUAGGGUAGCUUUCUUCAUAAACUACAUGAUAUAUCUGAGAAUUCAGCCCGUUUUUGUCGACAACGCCGACAAAUCAAUUUUGUACAAAGUGUAGCUUAACAUUUAGCUGUUCAGCAAUCAAGGUGCUUCAUAUCUUCGUUUAUUCCUAGCAAUACGGAGAAACAGAUUCAUAGUCGCCCCAGGUUAUAUCGGUAUCCAAGAAGUAAACGCUAGCAACCUGUGAAGUAAAAUUAGGUACUUAAUGACUUGAAA